GAUGAAGUUAACUCUUUAGAAUUAAGCGCCAUCUUGACCGAAUGUUUAAAUCGCGCUAGUUCCGAAAAUUUGACCUCAUUCUCAUCCACUUACUCCAAAGCUGACUGCGAUCUUCACCUUCGUGCUCUAAUCGAGCGGGUCUGUACUCUAAUCAGUAUGAUCGCAACCUGCAUGGAGCAUGGCGAGUUUGACUUUGAUGGGACUCCGGAAAUUAAGGUCCUCGGCGCACAGCGUUGCGACUCCGAUUAA